AUGGCAUCAACAAAUGAAACAGUGGCAGUAGUAUUCAUCUUAAUUGGAUUAUCUGACCAACCCAAAGCCCAGCUUAUUUUCUUUUGGCUCCUGUUGAUGGUGUACCUCAUUAGUUUUGUUGGCAAUGGACUCAUCGUUGCAUUAAUUAUUACAGACCCCCAACUUCAUACUCCUAUGUAUUUCUUUAUUUGUGUCCUCUCCUUGAUAGACUUCAUUCUCAUCAACAAUGUAAUUCCUGAAGUUCUCAUCAACUGCUUCAUUUACAGGCCCACUAUUUCAUUCUCCAGAUGUUUGUCUCAAAUGUAUCUGGGUCUGCUGCUUGUUUCAACAGAGUGUGUUCUCCUUGCAGUCAUGGCAUAUGAUCGCUUUGCAGCUAUAUGCCAACCCUUACACUACAUGCAGAUCAUGAGUUGGAGUUUAUGCACUUCCCUGGUAGCCACAUCAGUCACUCUUGCUUUCACGUUUACCUUGAUCAAUGGGCUUUUGCAGCCCGUUGACUUCUGUGGCCAUCACAUUAUCAACCAUUUUGCCUGUGAGCUACAAUCUUUUGUCAAACUGGGUUGUUCCAACUCACAUAUCAGUGAGGUCUUGAUGAAUGUUUCCAGCCUCUUUCUCUUAAUCCCUCCCUUUGGCUUCAUAGUUCUGACAUACGGUCGCAUAGGCCGGGCUGUAAUGCACAUUCGCUCAAAUCAGGGUUACAAAAAGGCCCUUUCCACUUGCAGCUCACACCUUGCUGUUGUCAGCGUCUUUUAUGGGACAAUCAUCAUAAUGUACAUGGUGCCGGAAAAAGAAUCCGUUUCUGACAAGGGGAAGAUCCUAUCUAUAGUCUAUGGAGCUCUGACCCCUAUGCUGAAUCCUGUAAUUUACAGCCUGAGAAACAGGGAUGUGAAAGGAGUUUUUUGGAAACUGGUUGGAAAAAAGAUAUCAAAUUAA